AGAACGUAGCGUUCACCUACUGGAACUCUGGAGAACCGAACAAUUUUGGUGGCAAUGAGAAGUGUGUUCAAUUCAUUCCUAGUGCGACUUGGAAUGAUUCUCCAUGUUCCAAAUAUAUGUACUGUUUCUGCUAUGAUGGAGUGACGAACAGUUUCAUCCUUGUUAAGGAUAAGAACAGAACUUGGUAUGAGUCCCAGAGUUACUGCAGACAACAUUAUACAGACCUCGCCACUGUACGCAACAUCGAUGAUCAGAAUAAACUAAAAGAGUUGAUGGACCAACACUCAACGUAUGAAUAUAUUUGGAUCGGUAUGUACCGGGAUUUCUGGAAGUGGUCAGAUGGAACAAACAUCACCUCUAUGAAAUGGAUAUCUGGACAACCAGUUCACAUUCUGCAAAAUGAAGCAUGUGCAUAUGCUAAUUCUGAAGGUGAAAUUGGUAAUGGAGCAUGCUCAGAUCAGCUUCCAUUUGUUUGCAACAAUGUGAUGAGGAAGAUCAUUGUGAGAGUGGAGCUAAAAUCAGAUGGUAAUGUGACCGAUCCUCAACUUCAGGAUUUCAUCCUACAGCAGAUACAGCAGAAACUGAAGCAGCGUGGAAUGACAGCAGACGCUGAAGUGACGUGGAAUGUCCAAGCAGACAGUCAGGUGUUCCACAAGAAAGAGAACUACACAAGAUAGCACCAGUGGGAAGAUUGUGAUUGUGAUCAAGAACACAUUACUGACCUCUAGAGGACAAUCAAAUGUAGAGUACAUAGGACUACAGCUUGUGGUUCUCAACUAGAUUUGCUGCAGGACCAUUUUACAUAGGAUAUCAAGUAGAGACUCAAAACUGUUUCAACAUUGUUUAUCAUUGUUUUAACCAAGAUAAAACAGAAAACAUAGAGCAAACUGACUCAUUAAAACUUCCUAUAAGUUAAAGUCAAACAAACUGUUUCUCUUUGUAUAAUUGAAUCCCAACAAAAUCUUGAGAAAAUCAGUGUUUAGUCUCUGAUUAGACAGAUAUUC